AUCAUUUCGUUUGACAACACCGUUUGUUUCAGCUGAAUCUUAUCUCGAAAUAUAAUAGCGUGGUGAUUGUGGUAAACUUUCCAUAAGGUUUUAUCCGAAGCCAGUUGAUGUUGGACAAUGGGUUGGCAAAGACCUUCAGAGCCAGCGAUCCCAACCGUUUGGUACACAUUCCAGGCGCCGGAUCCGGAUAAUGACGAACAAUUGGUUACGUACAGGGUUGAAGAUCUAACUGAGGAUCGUUUCGAUGAUAUUAUAGAGCACUACAAGGAAUACUUUGUUGUCGAUGAACCAAUCUACGCUAGCAGGAAGACCAAUGAAGAUGAGACGGCUAUGAAGGAGCUUGAAGGCUUCUGGAGAUGGUGCUUGGAACAACGACUGACAAUCGUUUGCUACAAGGAGGGUUCGAAUGAGAUUGUUGGAGCGAAUCUACUGCACAUGGAACAGUCCGACGAUAAAGGAAACUGGGAUAUAUUCCAGAGCAAAACCAUUCAGGACGUUGUCAAAACUCACCUGUACAUGACGGAGCAGUUCGACGUUUUCCAGCGCUACAAUGUGGACCGGUAUCUAACGGCGUAUGGUUUGGCUCUCAAUCAUCGGUACCGAGGUCGGGGAAUUGCCACGGAGAUCCUGAAGGCCAGGGUGCCCAUCUGUCGGGCGUUUGACGUAAGGCUUUCGGCAACCAACUUCACUGCUGUUGCAUCGCAAAAAGCAGCGGAAAAGGCAGGAUUCCGAAACGAUUUCGAAGUAACGUAUAACGACUUUGCCAACAUGGGACCAGAAUACUUGUUUGAGGAGAGUUUGAAAUUGAUGAGUCUGAUAAUCGAAUAGAAUAUUAUAAUACCUAUUGUCUAUAGAUAACAGUUAAACCUAAUGUAUGGUUUAUUCUAAUACUUUUUUAUUUACUCGGUAGAAUAUUAUUCUAUAAAUCCCCUAAUCCGUCAAUAUAACAUCAUUUGUUUUAGAAAAUUACAGUAGACAUAAUCGUAUGAGAUUGAUAUCCUCCCACUAAACGACUUAAUUAUAAA